UCGCGAAAAGAGGCUGGGUUACAAAGCCCUUGUAAUGGCGACUAUGUUCUUUGGAGAUGUCCGAGGUUGAUUUUGGUCGAUUCCACCGCAGACUUGUUUAGGAUAGUUUCGACCUUUAAGACUUCAGAAAUAACCUCUAUAGUUCUAUUGUCAAAGGUGGGAAUCAAAGGGCUGAAAAAGAUGUAGUUUGAAGUGGACUCAAUGUAUUUUAGCAUGAGUGAAAGACGUUUCUUUUCUCUUCUAUUGUCAUUCACUUGGUUUUUGCCACUACAAGGGGGCAUAAACGGUGCAUUUGAACCAUGCCCUGGGAAAUACUGUGGAAGGGUAAUUAAAGAGGAUGGAAAACCUGGAGACUGCGGAGCUUGCCCAAGAGGUUAUAAUACCAAUGGCACAGUAUGCUUGGAAUGCUCAUCAUCUCCUGAUUUAUAUGACUGGUUGUACUUGGGUUUUAUGGCAUUCUUGUCUUUGAUAAUUCAUUGGUUCUUCAUUGACUUGUUUGCCAAAAGAGAUAGAAAAAGCAUCUUGUUUCUCUGUGCGAGUGCUUUUGUUGAAAGUACUUUAGCUGCCAUUUUUUCUCUUCUCAUCAGUAAACCUCAAGGCAGCCUAAGUUUGACCUCAUGCAAGACAAAACAAAUUGCAGACUGGUAUACAAUAUUCUUUAAUCCCAAACCUGAUUAUGUCAACACCAUUCAUUGCACACAGGAAGCUGUUUAUCCUUUGUACACCAUAGUGCUCAUGUAUUAUGCACUCUCUGUUGGGCUCCUGUUUUUGUUCCGGCCCAUUAUUUCACACCAGUUCUGUGAUGGCCAGGGGAGAGAUUCUACGUAUGCUGCCAUGUACUUCUUACCAUCCCUUGCAGUGUUGCAUGCCUUAUUUGGUGGAAUCAUUUAUUAUUCUUACCCAUACAUCACUUUAACUGUCUCUGUCCUGAGCACUGCUGCAGUCCUUGCCAAGAAUAAAAUAACGCACAUCGCCUGUAAAUUCGCGAACCAAUAAUUACACUUAGUUCGUCUCCCCCCCACACAUACACAAAGAGAACCACGUUUAUUUUUUUUAAUUUCUCUUCAUGUUGCUUCUUAUAAUUGUCCUAAAAGACAUUUAGAUCCAUGAUUUUGUAAAAUGUAGUAAAAAAGGGCAGACAAUGUCUGCCAAAUAUGUCAAUGAAACUGGUGGCACGAACUCGAGUUUGAAAAAUCUGUCAUUUCUGUGUCAUUAAGGUAUGGGCAGUAAAAAAAUAGAAAUUAUAUAAGAGUAUUAUAUUUGCUGUUCUUGAAUGAUGUUUAGUGUGGCCAGUGCUAUUCAUUGUAACAGAUUUCAGUAAAUCUGUUGAAUAAUUAUUUGAGUAAGAAUGAAUCAGAUAUAAACAUCACUGUUUAAUUAUAUUUUUA